AUGAAGUAUCCUCUCACGGUCGAAUACACGAGGGUCUACAGCGGAGAACUGUCAACACCAUACCACAUGGUUCAACCGGGAACAAGUGAAAAGUUUGCAGGCGAAACAGAAUGGCACAGCCGAUUGAGGGGCGUCUCCAGUCAAGUCCGAUGGCAAAUGAAAGGCUAUCAAAUCAAAUUCGGGAUUUAUUCUCCGUACUCACAAAUGUGGUCGUCAAAUGGCAUUCGAGUCACGAUUUGCGCUCCGGGAGAAACGGGAUGUAACGUCGGAGAAUGGAUUCGAGGCUGGAGGCCCACUGACACUCGUCGAAUGGCCAAAUAA